AUGCUCAUUCCGUUUCCGUGCAGUGCUUUCAUGAGCGCGUUCCACUCGGCGCCUCUGCGGCUGGUGGUGCUGCUCCUGUCACUAUUUCACUGUGUCGUGGGGCCGGCGUGCGCGGUGGCCUUCCUCGGCCCUUCCUCACGGGGGGGCCUCCUCGGCCUCCUCGGCCUCCUCGGCAGCCUCGACAGCCUCGACAGCCUCGACAGCCUCGACUGCUUGACGCACGCGACUCGCGCGGCACCCGUCGUUUUGCUCGCCGGGCGGCCCCCACGCCGCCCCGUCUCGCGCUUCCUCGCGUGCUCGGGCCUCGGCGGGCAGCGCCUCGGCUGGUGCUCUCCUUCUCGCUGA